UCCCGGAAAAAUUUGAUUAAAGCCGGUUCGAAAGAGCGCGUCCUAGUGACGCGGUGUCAUUCGACCACAAUGGCCGGUGGCUCGGGUACGAAGGUGGUGCAAAUCACCAACAUUGCCCCCCAAGCCACCAAAGAUCAGAUGCAAACGUUUCUCGGCACGGUUGGGAAGAUUGACGAGAUACGACUGUAUCCAACGAUUCGGGACGUUUCCUGUCCUGUAGUGUCACGCAUCUGCUAUGUGAAGUACUUCGAGAGCAGCUGCGUUGCCGUUGCCCAGCAUCUUACCAAUACCGUGUUCAUCGACCGGGCCGUAAUCGUAAUCCCGGUACAGAGCGGCGUAAUUCCCGAUGAGUACAAGGCGCUGGAAAUGGCCGCAAACGGUACGCUGGUGCCAGGUCUGCAUAGCUUCAACGUACCGUCCAAGCUGCCACCGGAAGUGGUGAACAGGAUUGAUGGGAUGAUCCCGAACCAGGUGGUAAAGACGAUCGAUCCGAAGCUGGAAGAGAACGGUUUGCCCGAGUAUCCUCCGUUGCCGGUGAAUUUUGAUGCGAAAAAGAUUGAAGAAACGCGCCGCACGAUACUGGUGCUGGACGUACGUUCGGACUGGCGGCUGGAGGAACUGAUGGAUCACUUCAAGCCGGCGGGCGAGAUCAAGUAUGCCCGAUACGCCGAGAACGAGCGCACCAAGUUUGCACUGUUGGAGUUUUGCGACCAGCGUAACAUCAUUAACGCGCUCAAGAUGCACGGUACCGAGUUCCGGGGCUACCGGUUGAACGUGCACCAUUCGACGCAACCCAUCGUAAAGCCGGAAGCCAAGAGCAAUGAAGCGGCCCAGAAGGAAAUUGAAGAAGCCAUGACGAUCGUAAAGGAAGCGCAUCAUCAGAUUUCGAACAUGGAACCCGUGGUGACCAUUUACCCGAAGGAUAAGAGCAGCAGCCGUCGCCGAUCGCGAUCACGGUCCCGCUCGAAAGAGCGCCGUUCACGAUCCCGCUCCCGGAAGCGGUCGAAGUCGCGCAGCAAACGAUCCCGAUCGCGCAAACGUUCCCGAAGCCGCUCGAAGCGUUCACGGUCGCGCCGUUCGCCAUCGCGCAGCAAACGAUCACGCUCGAAAUCGAAACGAUCGCCAUCGCGCAGCAAACGGUCACGGUCGCGUUCCAAGCGUUCGCGAUCGCGUGACCGUCGCAAACGUUCCCGUUCGCGCCGCCGUAGCCGCACACGAUCGCGCGAGCGUACGUCGCGCAUCCGUCGGUCUAGGUCGCGGUCGAAGAAAAGGUCACGAUCGCGCGAGCGUCGCGACCGGAGCCGCGAUCGGAAGAAAUCCCAUCGCAACAAGGAGGAACGUCGUCGUCGAUCGCGUUCCCGUUCGCAGAGUCGCAAACGAUCGACAUCGCGGAGCCGUGCCAGCCGUACGAAGGAAGCGGUAACGAAAGCGACCUCAAAACGUCGUAGCCGCACCCCAUCGGACAAGAGGUUGAAGAAGAUACUCGAGGAAGCGGUUAGCCGAGAUUACGAUGCGGAAGAGCGUAUGGAUGCUGCGGGCGGGGCCGGUGUGGAGGAUGAUGCUGGAAGCACGGGCAAGCAGUCCGCAUCACCGCCAGCACAGGCCUCCGGUAACGGUGGUGGAUCAAGCUCGUCUUCAUCGUCGUCAGGCGGAACGAGCAUGGCAGCUGCAGCGGCUGCCGCUACGACACCGCGCGAAAAAACCGCCAGUCCGACGACGGAGAAAUCUGACAACAUGGACAUUUCCAACUCUCCUUAAUUGACCCAUCGUACGGUAU